ACGGAAACUGAUUCUCAUCAGACGCGACGCGUCCGCGAUCACGUAAGGUGCACAAGAAACCAGAAGGUUCGUACACGUUCGUUCAGUCAUUUCGGACGUGAGAAAGGAGAAGAGACAAGAUCUGUCGAUUAAACACUGCCACAUCAAAUAAAUUCUCUUCAUUUGUUCUCAAGUUCAAUCUUUUUAUCAUUAUUUGAUUCUCAAGGUGAAUCUAUUUUAUAAAAAUUGAAAAUAUUUAAUCGAAUCUGCCGCGUGCAAAUUUUCCAUGCAGCGAGGGUGGAGACAACACGUCCGAAGUGACUGACUGCAACGUGAUUAGUUGAAACACAUGGUCCGGUGAUCGUGAUCAUGAUUGCAAAUCGUCUUUCGCUGAUCGUCACCCUCGUCUUCGUGGUACUGCUGUCGACUAUUCAUUCCGGAGAAGCAAUAAUAUGUUAUCAAUGCAACAGCGAAUACGAUCCAAGGUGCGGCGAUCCAUUCGAUCCGUACAGUCUUGGAACCGUGAACUGCAGUUUUCAACCACGCUUGGAACAUCUAAGUCAUUUGGAGCCUACUCUUUGUCGAAAAAUCAGCCAAAGAGUGUAUGGCAAGAUCAGAGUUGUCAGAAGUUGCGGAUAUAUUACGGACCAGAGAGACAAUGCCGAUUGCCUGAUGAGAUCAGGCACUCACGACGUUCAUGCAGCUUAUUGCGCAUGCACCGGUGAUCUCUGUAACUCGGCCGAAAGCCAUACACCGUCCUUCUUAUUGCCGUUAACGUCUCUGUUGACGGUUAUUUUGACGAUGCCGAGUUUAUUCCUUUCAUAUCCGUUCGCAUUACCCGUCUUGACUUCGCCGCACUUCUCCAUAGCCUAAACUUCGCAGUUACCAAAGGAUAAUACUUAAUGCCUAAAACUGAAUCAACGAUAACAUAGAAAACACCGUUCGGAUCCGGAGCAACUCGUUUUCGUCCGAUUCCCUAUCUAUUCGAAACGCUACAUUUUCAGGUUAGAUCGCGAUCGAUUCUAGACUUGACAAUAUAAUAUAUAUUAUCGAUCAAUCUUAAAUAACAUUUAAAUUUUAGAAAUCAAAUAUUUUCUUUAAUAAUUUCUCUAAAUGAUCAAUUUGACUUUUUAAAUAUAUAAUAAUUUCCAGCGAAACGAAAUAUAAGGGAACUGAGAUUGUUAACGAGUUGAAUAUAAUUACAGCUAUUGUAGCUGUUAUUUUUAAAGAAAAAUGCUCGAUUGAGAGCACAGUACACAUAGAAAUGUAUGUAUGUAUAUGCCGUUCCAGGAUUCGAACAAUUCGCAAAAGUAGUCAAAUUACAACAUAGUAGUUUUAACGGUGAUACAAACUGCCAGAUACGCAAGAGCGUACUUCAGUAGUACACUUCAGGAAAAUUUAAAUGAGAAGAAGAAAACACAUGGCCUCCGCACGUGAAACCAUUCAGCGUUCUUGCAUAAGCGUAGAAAGUAAAAAGAGAAAACAAAAUUACAAUAUCUAUAAGAAAAGAAAUAAAUUAAAGAAUAUAUACAAUAUAUAUAUAUAUAUAUACAUAUACAUAUAUAUAUGCAUAUGUAUAUAUUAUAUACAUAUAUAUAUAUAUAUAUAUAUAUAAAAGUGUAGCGGAGUGCGAUUGCACUUUAUACGCUACUAUAAAAAAAAUGAAAUAAAAUAUAUAUAUAUACAAAUAUAUUAUAUUUUGAAAGGAAACAGCAAUGGAAUUGCACGCAAGAAGGAUAUUAUAGCUUAUUUUUAGAAAAAUAAUAUCGGGUUGCUUUCGUAAUUGCCUGGUAUUGUAUAAAAUAUUUCAAGAUCGAAAUGCACGCGGGAAAAUGCAAAAUAAGAAAAAAAACGGAAAAACAUAUCGUCGAUGAGUAAUUUAUUUUACAUUUCGUUGAGACGAAGAUGAAAAUUUGGCAUGAUGAUUGCGACCCAUAUUCUGUUAAUUUUUGCAAUAAAAUGCUGUGUAAACGAUAGACAGCGGAGGCUCGCGACAAAGAAAAAAGGAUAUUGAUGUGUGCAUGUGUGCGUGUGAUGAGUGCACGUUCGUACGUGUGAUACACGGCAACGUAUAUGUGUACGUGUAUACUAUAUGCACGUCAAAAAACGCUAAAAAAUGAUUAAAAGAUAUAUACAGUUCGAUUAAAAUGUGAAAUAUUGCUACUUCUUCAAUUGUAGCCAAUAAGAACAUUAAGAAAAGUAUGAACAGAAAACCAAAAAUAAUAAUAAAAGAAAAAUAAAAGAAUCGUAAAACGAAGAUGUAGAAACUAUUGUCAAUGGAGAAAGUAGAAGAUAAAGUAGAAUGCUUAUUGAAACAAACAAUUAAAAAAGAAAAUAAAAAUAUAAUAAAAAUGAAUACAUGUCUCACCGCAGUACGUAAUUAAUUGUUGCUACCGCUGUUGUCACUGUGUCAUAUUGUCACCAUCGUUACAUUAUUAUUAUGGUUGCUAAUUACUAUUACCAUUAUCAAUACUAUAGCUAUUAAUUGCUACUACUAAUUAAUGUCACUAAACUAAUCAUUAUCACUGUUGUUAACAUUGUUAUAUUAUUGCUAUUAUGAUUCCUGUUUUUUCUUGUUAUUACUUAUAAUAAAACUUAUAACUUAAAUAAAAUAUAAAGAAUAUAAUAAAACGAUGGCGAACUUUUUGACACUUUAAAAGAUGGGAAAGUAAUCGGAAAUUAUAACAAUAUGGAUAUCAAAUAAUCGAGCUUGUCAUAUUUGAUCAAAUAUUUUAAAUAUUGAUUCACUUUAAACUGCGGAUGAUGAGACAAAAAAGCGUGUAAUUUUUAUUGAUACACGUCCAAGUAAAAGUAUAUACCGAAUGUUGCAAUUUGUUUUGAAAAAGUGAUUUUCACAGGAACAUAUAAUUCUACGACAGUUGUAUUUCUUUUUCUCAUACCUGGCGUAAUAUGAAAAUACAUAUAUCUUUAAAUAAAUAAUCUGGAGAAAUAAAUAAAAGUGAGACAAACAAAUGACAGAAUAAAUUACCAAUAUAAUUAAAAAUUUACAUUUCGUUAUGUUCCGCUCAAUUAUAUAGUUUAAUUGAUUGAUUAGU